AUGACCGAACAGGAAACGCGUCGGUACACCAACGCCAUGCGGUUGCCUCUUCCCAGGGCGUACCCUAUGAGAAUCGACAGUUUCCAAUCCGUAUCCCCCAUCCACUUUCAUGCCGUCGAGGAGCUGGAAGCGAAACUGUCGAGGAUGAAACCGAAGAAGGGGAACGCGCCGUACGAUACCAGCCAGGCUAAUCGCGGGUACACGGACAGUAACCCAGAACCCGGAUUAAAGAGGGGACAUUUUGAGCAUAACAGGGUACUCUACCGCAUCCUCCAACGCACACUCGACCUCCCAAAAUACAGCGUACCAGCCGACACUCGCUGGACGCAAAACCUUCGCAUUUGCUCGCUCGUAUACAACCUUUGGAGUCUUGACCAUCGAGCCGUCAGUGACAGACGGAGAGCACCCCGGCUUCUGGACGUUGGAUUCGCAGAAGCGCGUGUUCCUGACCUCGAGUAUAAACCUGGGACGGGUGUGCAUCUGUCUGAUGAAAGGAACCUGGGUUUGAAGCAGGGAGCCGAGACUACUCGUGAGGCCUUCAGAUACGGUGAUUCCCACACCAUGAGCCAAGACCAGAUUGGAGACAAACUGCGAGAACUACUCCGCCUCGACCCACGACAACCUACCAUCCUCUUAAUCAUGGGCGAAGAUUGGACGACAGACAUCCUCGGCAGUCUAGGAGUUUUCUUCCACGUCGAAGACAUCCGCUCCCUGAUUUACGGUUCGCGUAGAGACACUCACCAGCAGUCCUCCAGUAGGCACAACGACUACGAUUCAAGACGAGACCGUCGACGCUCACGUUCACGGUCCCCUCAACGAUCAUACGCAGCAUCCUCCGACCCCAGACGGAGACCCGACACACGCGACAUCCCAUCUACAGAGCGCGACCGCCCACGACUCUACGUGAUCGAUGUCAAGGAACUGUAUCUGACGAUGAUGGAGGAAAGCGAAAUAGGGACCUACUCCGUUUCCCAGCUUGCCGAGCGCCUUGGACAUCAAGUGAACCAUCUAAGUUGGUGUGCAGGGAACGAAGCAGUACAAUUGAUUCAACUCUGGAAAGACAUGAUCUCAGGCGCCGCAAUCGACGAACAACGAGAACUGAGGCGGGACACCGUGACCAAAGCACAAAACGUAUUCGUCCCUCCGGAGGAGAGAGGAAAACAGCAGAAUGGCGCUUCUGCCGCUGCUCCAGAUACCCAGGACGACGACGGCGACGAUAGUGACGACCCGAAUAACUGGCAGGCACCUCCACCAAAACCUGGAGUCGCUACUAUCGAUCCUGACGAGUUUUCUGAUUAUGGGUCUGAUUCUGAGGAAGAUUGA